AUGAAGAGAAAGCAACCCGAAGAUUCCGUGCCCGCGGGCGAAACCGAAAAACGCGCAAAGACAGAGCAGUCCGCUACCCCAGAGCUUUCCUUCGCCGAUCUCGGGCUCGACACACGCCUGGUGCAGGCCGUCGCCGCCGAGAGCUUCAAGGACCCGACACCCGUGCAGCAAAAGGCUAUCCCACUGGCCUUGGACGGCAAAGAUGUCGUCGCAAAGGCCCCCUGUGGCUCCGGGAAGACUGCGGCAUACGUUCUGCCAGUUCUUUCCAGCAUCCUGAAGCGCAAGACUACCGACUCUUCACCCGCCACCACAGCCCUCAUUCUUGUGCCGACCCGCGAGCUCGCCGAUCAAGUCCUCAAAGCCAUUGAGCAGUUCUCGGCCUACUGCGCGAAAGACAUCCACGCCAUCAAGCUCGUUGACAAGAUCUCCGACGCUGUCCAGCGCUCCCUUCUGUCCAACUUCCCCGAUGUCGUCAUCUCCACACCAGCCACCGCAUGGCGCAACAUCGUCUCCGAAGCCUUGUCGCUGGACAACCUGACGUGUAUGAUUCUCGACGAGGCUGACCUUAUUCUGUCUUACGGCUACAACGAAGAUUUGGAGAACAUUGCGAGAAAGCUGCCCAAGGGUGUCCAGUUGACGAUGAUGAGCGCAACCCUUUCGACGGACGUAACUUCACUUCAAGGGAUUUUCGGCAGGAAACCUACCGUGCUGGACCUCGACGACGAGGAGACGGAGGGUGACAGCCUUUCUCAGUUCGUUGUCAGUUGCGGAGAGGACGAGAAGUUUCUUUUGGCAUUCAUCAUCUUCAAGCUCAAGCUCGUCAAGGGCAAGUGCCUGAUUUUUGUCAACGACGUCGAUCGUUCAUACCGCCUGAAACUUUUCCUCGAACAAUUCCAGGUCCGAAGCUGUAUUCUCAACUCAGAACUGCCCGUCACAUCAAGGGCGCACGUCCUCGAGGAGUUCAACCGCGGAGUAUACGACAUAAUCAUUGCGUCCGACGAAAAGAGCGCUAUGGGUGCCGAGGAAAAAGAUGUCGAGGGAGAGGAGGGCACGGAACAGCCCGAGAAGGAGAAGGAGCAAUCUAAGAAGAAGCGCAAAUCGAAGCGAGACGCCGAGUUUGGUGUAUCGCGAGGCAUCGACUUCAAGAACGUUGCUGCCGUGGUCAACUUUGAUCUCCCCACAUCCGCCUCGUCAUACACACAUCGCAUCGGGCGCACAGCGCGAGCCGGCCGGACCGGCAUGGCUCUGUCCUUCUAUGUGCCUAGCGAGCUGUACCGCAAGCACUUGCCGACGAGCAUAGAGACGGCCGAGAACGACGAAAAGAUUCUGGCGAGAAUCAAGAAGCAGCAAGCGAAGCAGGGGAAGGAGGUCAAGCCCUACAACUUCAAGAAGGAGCACCUGGACGCGUUUAGAUACCGUCUGGAUGACGCUCUGAGAGCUGUCACCAAGGUCGCGGUUCGCGAGGCGCGUAUGAGAGAGCUGAAGCAGGAACUUCUCAAGAGCGAGAAGCUGAAGAGAUAUUUCGAGGAGAACCCCACGGAACUGCAGCAUCUCCGACAUGAUGGAGAAUUGAGAACUGCUCGACAGCAGCCUCAUUUGAAGCAUAUACCCGAGUACCUGCUCCCGAAGGAGGGCAAGGACUCUCUCACAAAGAACGACAUCGGCAUGGUGCCCUUCCGAAAGAUCGGUGGCAAGCAAAGAAGGAGUAAGGGCAAGCCAGGACGCAAGAAGAUUGGGACGCGGAAAGUCAAUCCUUUGAAGACGUUCAAAGCCCGGAGGAAAUAA